CCUAAUGUCCUCAAACCGGUUCACCCAACUCCAAUCGUCGGAAGCAGUUGGCACUCCGUCACACGUGCUUUCUCCGUUGCGGUCCCAACUUUAAAUGCUGAACGUGAACAUGCAAAUCCCAAUGCUCCCAACGCAACGCGAUAAAAUGAUUGCCAAAAUUUCUCUUCCACCGAAAACCGGCUUAAAGUGUGUGCAUUUAUUCAUCUCCACCACUUCCGCAUCAUAAAAAUCUUCCACGGUGGGCUGACUGAAACUAAAAAUUCAUCAGAGCACAGGCACAGGCCACAGUGCCAGCGGUCUUAGUGUACUGUUGCUUCGUUCGGUAUUCGGUGGAGAGCACGAACGUGAAAGCUUUUCCCGGCGAGCUUUAAUGCGAACCGAAAUCAGCACGAACCGGUGGCGGAGCGCACGUUCGGCAGCACAGUGCGAGCAAUGCGGUGAGGUAAAAUGUCAUAAAUUCGGAUAUAUGUUAUUUUACAUACGCUAUACAUAGGCUACAUAUUACAUACGAGGGACGAUAUGAUGAUGGACUAAUCGCAAAUUUGGGACAUGGAGUCCAACAAGCAAGCUUUCUACAACUUCAAAUCAACUGAUCAAAAUUCCAAUUUGUUUCCCUAGCAAUCAUUCAACCUUUUUGCAAUCAUAGCAACCUCUGAUGAGCUCUCUAUAAGACAGUUCGUGUCUGCUCUGUGAUCUGUAGAAACAUCAAGUCAAACCAAUCGUAAGGAACAUCUGCACCACGAAACCAAACGUGUUGGCCACUAAUCCUCUCCCAACAGCUCAUAGUGCGCGUAAGUUGGCGCGCUUUCGACGAUGGAGCCGUCGUCGCACACGUUUGGCGCCGUUCAGCUUGCCAGCCGUCCGUUAGUAAACAUUCAAACGGCGCGGGCAUCACAUCGUCGGAGCGUCGCUUUGAGCUGGUUUGAGCGGCAAAGAUAGAGUGCGUGUGCGUGUACUGUACGGCGUGCAAGCUUCUUGUUUCGUCCUCAUUCCCGAUGGGAAAUAAAUCUUCUGUCCGCCGGGAUUGAGAUCGCAAUUUAAAUUGCUUCCCACGGGGAGCCGAAACAACGAAGCAAACGACGAAAGUUGGGGAACGCUGUGAGCUCAAAUUCUUACAGCCAAGCAAGCAGGCCCUUAUCGUAGAGUGCCGUGAAGGUGUGCAAACUGGGCAUUAAUCCCUUCGGAAGCCACCGAGAUGGAAUCAUUUGUUGCGAAUGCGUUGUGACGGUUGAAAGUGCAGCGCUUGAUAUUUCGGGGAUUAUUAGAACGAGUUUCCGCCGCCGAACACCUUUGCCGAAAGGGAUUACACCGGAAAGUGUCCCGCUGUCACAAGAAUGCCCUUAUCCCGGUGCAGAUUUGUCUUCCCAAAUGAAGCAGUCAAGUGCCGCUGCUGAUCGGGUACGAAAGGAAGAGAGCAAAGUGUGGCUACUAAACGUAGCAGGCCGUUUCCAAAAAAGUGUUGUAACUUGGAGGAAGAAAGUGCGUUUGUGUCUGUGUUUGUGUGUGCUUGGGUGUCGGUGUUACAACUGGGGUUGAUUGAGAGCAAUUCGCGUCGCUUGUGUCUUUUGCAUCUUCCGAAUUCCAAAUCCGAAUAUCUUCCCACUUUCCGGCAUGAUUGGUACACCGGCCUGGUUCGGUGUGUCGCAUUAGUGUGUCUGCACGCUUGAGUAGCGUUCGGUUACGGUUGCGUGCGUGUGUGUGUGUACGUGUGUGGUGAAUUAUGCUAAUUUGGGUCGCGUUUCCAGGGGCAAGAUAUUCCGUAACGAUCCGCAAGUGAUAGUGAGAGCGAUUCCGGUGUGCGAUAAGCAUUGUGUGUGUGUAGUGGUGUGGGGUGGAGGUGGUUAAAGGUGAAGGUAACAGCAGGGUGGCAAAAUGAUCGGUCGGUGAAGCAUAAAUUACACUGACGCCGGGCCGAUUGCCACGAUUUGGGGUCGUUCAGUGAUCGCUCCUAGGCGCCCUAAGCACUUACCUACACCCUAUUCUGUGUUGUGAAAAAUCACUGGUACCAAAAAAAAAAAAAGAUCGUUCCACACCGUGUGAUUGAUUGAUGCCGAUGUCUAGCAGAAACCGCAUUGAUUACCUUCUACCCUGCCGUGUGCAACGUGUGUACUUCACCCUUCAAUUGUUUGAUGUGUUUUUGCGGAAGUUUACCAGCGAAGCGAUUGUAAGGAGCCACUAAUUAACGCACUUAGACAUUCGGUGCCCCCAAAAAUAGACGAACAAACAAACGUCUGGCCGACUGGUAGUGCUAAAAACAAACAACGAUUUCUGAUCAGGCCGGUAGCGGCAAAAUGCCGCCAUCGUUUAACCUCUCCACGGUCACGUAUGAGUUGAUCUCGGGAAAUGUAUCUGCAGCGCUGGAAAACUUCACCGCCUCGAUGGCGGGAGCGUUUCCAUUGGAGGACCAACAUGAUCCGGCUUCGUCCAUUGCCCGCAACGCUUCCUUCACGCUCGGAUUGGGUCUUGCGAAUGUCAUCCAACUGCAGCAGCAGCAGCAACAGCUGCACCAUUCGCCCCAUCAGUACCACCAACAGGUACAGCACCAACCACAGCCGCCUAGCACACCCUUUGCCAACGUAAGCACCGGCCAGAACGAAAGCCUCGCCAAUCUGCUGCUGCACCCGGGCGUCCAUCAACUGUCUAGCGGGCUGGUAACGCUCGUCGGCGACAUUAUGGCCCAGUCGGGCGAUACGAUACUGCCGCGGGAAGAGUGCGACCGGCUGAACAUCAGCUACGCGUUCGAGAACGGUACCGCGCUGGAGAUACCGGGCCUGAGCUGCUACGAGCAUGCCCCGACCCUGUCCAAGUCGGGCGUGAUCCGGGUGAUCGUCCUGUCGGCGAUGGCGAUCGUGUCGCUGCUCGGCAACGUCGCCACCAUGUGGAACAUCCAGAAGAACCGCAAGUCGCGGCGCGUCACGCGCCACAACUGGAGCGCCAUCUACUCGCUCAUCUUUCACCUCUCGAUCGCGGACGUGCUGGUGACGGGGUUCUGCCUGAUCGGGGAGGCCGCCUGGUACUACACGGUGGACUGGGUCGCGGGCAACCUGUUCUGCAAGCUGUUCAAGCUGUGCCAGAUGUUCAGCCUGUACCUGUCCACGUACGUGCUGGUGCUGGUCGGCGUCGAUCGCUGGGUCGCGGUCAAGUAUCCGAUGAAGUCGCUCAACACGGCCCGCCGCUGCCAUCGGUUUCUGUUCGUCGCCUAUCUGCUAUCGUUUCUGCUCAGCACACCACAGUGGAUGAUAUUUCGGGUGGCAAAAGGACCGUUUGUGGAGGACUUUUACCAGUGCGUAACCCACGGCUUCUACACCGACCGAUGGCAGGAGCAGCUCUACACGACCUUCACGCUGGUGUUUAUGUUCAUCAUUCCGCUGCUGAUAUUAAUCGGCACCUAUUUAUCAACGUUCAUGACGAUCUCAAGUAGUGAAAAAAUCUUCCGCAUCGAUACGUCGGCCGUCGACCGGACGACGUACUAUCGGCGCUCCGACACGAACCGUCAGCGGCUGAUACACAAGGCGAAGAUGAAGUCCCUCCGGAUAUCCGUCGUCAUCGUGGUGGCAUUCGUCGUGUGCUGGACACCGUACUACAUCAUGAUGCUGAUAUUCAUGUUCCUGAAUCCGACCGAGCGUUUCGGCGAGGAUCUGCAGUCGGGCAUCUUCUUCUUCGGCAUGUCGAACAGCCUGAUCAACCCGCUGAUUUACGGUGCGUUUCACCUGGUGCCGAUACGACAGCGACGCAAUCAGUACAAUCAACAUGUAAGGGAAGGCUCUGUGUACUUUCAGCGGUCGUCCACCUUCAACCAUCACAAUGGCCACCAGCGGAACCUCAACCCGCACAUCAAGUUUUCCAACUCGCACUCCAACCUGCCGGAGGAGAUAUCGCUCAUGUCGCUGGAAAAGGAUCUCCGCAGCCUGGAUGAGAACGUGAACCAAAUCCACCAGAAAGGUGGUGGUGGUGGUGGGGGAGGAGGAGGCGGAGGAGGCGGAGGAGGUGUUGGCGGUGGGAUCGGGCUCAGCCUAGGCGGAGCGGCCGGUGUCGACGGGUCACGGCGGAUCAAGCGGCGCAGCUUUGCCAGCAAGUUCCUGUCCUUUUCCCGUCUGCUGCAACGAAACCAUCCGACUAAGCUUUAAACCGGGGCUUAAAGCUUGCACACGAAAGACAAGGCGCAUCGAUCGUGACCGCGCUCGUGUUUGUACAUACAAGGCAAGGUGAUACCAUGGCAUGGCAAAUGGAAGUUAGUUGCUCUCUCGCUUAGGUUUAGUGUAUCGUUUAGACAGGUUAAUUGAUGUAGAAGUAAGCGAAUUAAGUGUUAAGCUCACUCUCUCUCGCUACGGAGACACUACAGGCAGGGCCUGAGAUUAACGAGCGUAUAUGUGUGUUUGUCAGUAUCGACGCUUAGUGCCACGUGGCAAGUACUUGUUGGGUUGUAAACCACCAAAACAAUCAAGGGCAGCUAAAGGGACGAGCAGAAGGAGUAGUAACGCAUUUUAACGCAUUCCAGAGUCUAUUACUGUGUUUUUGUACAGCAUUGCGGAAGUUGUGUUUGAAUUCAGAGAGGUCUAUUGCCGCAGCCGCAAAAAAGACAGGCGAACGCAUCAAAACUGCUAAAUAGAAAUGUUACAAAAAUGAGAAGAACAAAAACUAGCAUCUAUGUGUGUUAAGGAGAUGUGGAACAAACGGUUUAAUGCAGGGAAAUGUCAACAGUGAGUGUAGAAGAAGAAUGCACGUGACGAGAGAAAAAAAAACGAAAGCAAACUGAUGUAAAGAGGAAUUGCACCCAAAAAGGCUUAAAAAAGCUCUUACAAACAUAACAUAAAACAGGUUGUUGAACUGAUGAAUUGCCCGCGCCCGCGGGGCAAAGAAGCGUUGUUGUACAAUGUUCCUUCGUCGCGGAGAGGGAGAAGGAAGGCGGCAGAAGGCGGAAAACAUAUAUACAUAUAUAUUUUUUAAUAAAACUAAACUACAAUUACAA